AUGGAAGCAUGUGGAAGUUUAUCAAAUCUGGUAGAAACAUCACCUUGUUGUCUGCUUAGCGUAAGAGUGAUCAGAGCAAGGAAUCUCCGGCGAGCAGAUACCCUAAGCCAUACUGAUUGCUAUCUGACCCUCUGGCUGCCAACGGCUUCUUCUGAAAGGUUCCAGACAAAGACUGUUCAAAAUUCUAAAGACCCAGUCUGGAAUGAAACUUUCCAUUUUAUGGUCCAGAGCAAAGUGAAGAACAUACUGGAGCUGAGUGUCUUCGAUGAGGAUGUCUGCCAAGAUGAACAACUUUUCACUAUUCGCUUUGAUAUAGCUAGACUCCCACUAAAUGAAAAAGUACUCUUGUACUUUAGCUCCAAUCCAAAGGAUCAGGAGAAGCUGGAGGUGGAAUUUGAGUUACGAAACAGUUUGAGUGUUCCUGAAACCAUUGUUACGAAUGGAACUCUUGUGGCUCGUGAAGUUUGUUAUUUGGAAUUUGAAAUAGAGAAGAAAGAAAGACAGAAAUCAAAACAUGAACUAUCCCUUAUGAUGAAAGGAUCCCAUGAAGGACACCAGGAACUUAGUUCAGGCCAGUCCUCAUUCCACUAUGUCAAAUAUAAGCACCCGACAAUGGAUGUUAAACUACCGAAGAAGGAUCUAGAUUAUGCCUUUGGGCCAUGCUCUUAUAACAGGAAAGAAAGAUCCCUCAGACUGGAUAUAAAUUCACUUCCUACAAGCAAGAAAAUAGUGCUCGCAGAGAUUUGCAUUGCACGUGAAAACAGAAGUCUGGUUCCAGUAGUUGCAAUUAUGACGACAGGGGGCAGUACAAGAUCACUGACUGCAUGCUAUGGAAGCCUACGAGGUCUUCAGAAGUUAAAUCUCUUAGAUUGUGCUACAUACAUAACCGGUUUGUCUGGCACAACAUGGACCAUGGCAAACUUGUACAGAGAUGCUUAUUGGUCCAAAAAAGAUUUGGAUGAGCAAAUCAAUGAGGUGAAAAGACAAGUGACCAAAUGCAAGUUGGAUGGCUUUUCCAUAGAGCGUUUGAAAUACUACAACAGGCAGCUGUGUCAGCGGAAAGAAGAGGGACAAAGAACAUCCUGUAUAGACCUAUGGGGGCUCUUUAUUGAAUAUCUGUUAAAUGAUGGGGAAGACAACCAUAAACUGUCUGAACAGCAGCAAGCAAUUAAUGAGGGUCAGAAUCCUUUACCAAUCUACACUGCAAUCAAUGUGAAAGAGAAGUACAGCACUUUGGAUUUCAAUGAAUGGAUUGAGUUCACACCCUAUGAAGUGGGGAUACUAAAAUAUGGAGCUUUUGUCCGUGCUGAAGAUUUUGGAAGUGAAUUCUUUAUGGGACGUCUGAUGAAGAGGAUUCCAGAGACUCGGAUCUGUUACAUGCAAGGCAUGUGGAGUAGUAUAUUUUCCCUGAAUUUGCUGUAUGUCUGGAAUAAUGCUCAGAGCCCAGAGGACUUCUGGCACAAGUGGACACAAGACCAAAUAGCUGACAUUGAUACUGAGCCUCAUCUGCCCUCUCGACCACAUGAGCAAAAGACACAUCUUUACACCCCUGCUGGACCGCUAUCCAGUGCAUUUAGAGAUGUGCUUACUGAUCGCCUAUCAGUUGCCCAGUACCACAAUUUUCUCAGAGGUCUCCAACUGGACAAUGGCUACCUUGAGAAUGACAGUUUCCGUAGAUGGAAAGGUACUAUACUUGAUGCUUCGUCACCCAAUCAGCUGACUCAAACAGAAGAGUACUUGUCACUAGAAGAUACUGGAUUCUUCAUCAAUACAAGUGUUGCACCUCUCCUGAGAAAAGAGAGGAAGGCAGACAUUAUCAUACAUCUAAAUUACAGUGCAGGAUCACAGUUGUUGCCCCUGGAACAGUCAUGCAAGUACUGUGCAGAACAAGGAAUCCCAUUUCCCAAAGCUGUGAUACAUGAAGAUGACAAACACUUGAAGGAAUGCUAUUUGUUUGACAAUGCAGAGAAUCCAGAAGCACCAAUAUUAGUAUUUUUUCCACAAGUGAAUGAUAGCUUUCAUUACUACAAGCACCCGGUGUUAAACGCUCUGCAUCAGAAAUGAAAGAAGGCAAAGUCGAUGUCUCCAGUAACUGCACCCCUUACUCUACUUACUCACUGACAUUCAGUGAGGAAGAGUACGAUCAGCUAGUGAAACUGAGUGAAUACAAUAUUCUGAAUAACCAACAUAUGAUCCUGGAAGCUUUGCAUAUGGCAGUGGAACAGAAAAAAAUACGGAAGAAAUGCAUGAAAUGAGAUGCUGGAAUAUGGACCCAAGCUCUCUGAGCGCUCGUAAAUCUCACUGAACUUUGGGGCCCUACGAGAUAAGCCAAGCAAUUCAG